AUGGACAGAGGGUACCACACGCUCAUGUCGUCCUUCGGCAAGGCGUUCCAUGUGGAGAAACGUUGGAAGCUAAUCCGAGAGAUGGGUUCCGGAGCCUAUGGAUACGUCAUCUCCGCCGCAGACGAAGUCUCCGGGGAACCGGUCGCAAUCAAGAUGGUCACUCGCGCGACGGAGAAGGUUCAGCUCGCAAAACGAGCUUUGCGCGAGAUCACGCUCCUGAGGCACUUUAACCACGAGAACAUCACCGGCCUGAUAGACGUCGACUGUACCCCGGAUCUGAGUGAAAUGCAUGUGUUUGACGCGUUUCCUGAUUUGCACCAGAUCAUUAAGUCAGGCCAGAGUCUCAGCAAUGAACAUGUCCAGUAUUUUGUAUACCAGAUCUUGCGAGGGAUGAAGUACAUUCACUCGGCGUCGGUUAUUCAUCGUGACCUGAAGCCAGGAAAUUUGCUCGUGAAUGCCGACUGCGAGCUGAAGAUCUGCGACUUUGGCCUCAGUAGAGGCUUCGAUUCGCGCGCGGACGAAGGCCCUACCAUGAUGACCGAGUACGUCGCAACACGAUGGUAUCGGGCACCGGAAAUCAUGUUGGCAUUCCGAGGUUACACCACAGCAAUCGAUGUCUGGUCAAUCGGAUGCAUCUUCGCUGAGCUAAUGCUUGGCAAGCCUCUGUUCAAGGGAAAAGACUAUGUGGAUCAACUGAACAAAAUCCUCGAAGUCUUAGGAACACCUGAUGACGAGACAAUAGGCCGAAUAGGCAGUUCAAAGGCUCAAGCUUACAUACGCUCUUUACCUCGCAAGAAGACUGUACCAUUUUCCAAGGUCCUGCCACUUGCUGAUCAUCAAGCUGUUGAUCUUCUCACCAAAAUGCUCUCUUUCGACCCGGCCAGGAGGAUCACAGUCAUAGAGGCACUAGAACACCCCUACCUAGCCACAUAUCACGACGUCAGCGACGAACCCGAGUGCCCCGAGACAUUCGAGCGGUGGCGCAUGCUCGAGUCGUUGGAGACGCUCGAGCAGUACAAAGAGACGCUAUAUAACGAAAUCCAGGACUAUCGCAGCGAGGUCAGG